UUAUGAUAAACACUAUACGAAGUACUAAUAUACUCAUAUUAGUAUAGACGAACUCUCAAUUAAUUGACUAACUAAAUCAUAAAAGCUAUUACACAUCACAUAAUAAGUUUAUAAUGCAAAUUCAAACGGCGGUCUGUCCCUGGCGGCGUCUAGGGUUUUGAUUUUCCGGUGGGGUCUGUAGCACCUUUCUGCCGGUGGUAAGGUAGGGGUUUUUUCCCCAGGAUUUUGAAAGCUGUUUUUUCUUUUUGAGAUAGAACUUCAGGCGUUUUUUUUUUCGCCUCAGUUUUUCUGGAUUAGUGCGUACAAUCUUAGACAUGAGUGUUGUUAGUUGGAAUUAUCGAGGUUUGGGGAAUCUUGCUACGGUUCAGGUUUUGAUAGAUAUGGUAAGAUCAAGGAAUCCGUCAAUUGUUUUUUUGAUGGAAACAAAGGCCAAGAGACAGAGGUGUGAAGAAGGAAGGGAAGCGCUGGGUUUCAAGAAUUGUUUUGCAAUUAAAAGUAGUGGACAGAGUGGGGGUUUGUGUUUGCUAUGGAAGGAUGGGCUGAUUCUGGACAUCAAAAGCUCCUCUUCAUACUUCAUAGAUUGCAAGGUCAGAUUGGAAGCAGGUGAACCAGAAUGGCGCCUAACAGGAUACUAUGGUUUUCCAGAGAGGAGGCGUAGGAGAGAUUCAUGGAGGUUACUCAGGCAGUCAGUGAACAUAUCAAAUUCACCUUGGAUAAUCCUUGGGGACUUUAACAUUAUCGUGUUUGAGAACGAGUGACGAGGCAGGAUCCCGCAACCGCAAUGGCUACUAAGGGGAUUUUGUGAAUUUUGAAGGAUACCAAUGGACGUGGGAAGAGGGGCGAGGAACGGCAUGGUGGCUGGAGGAAAAACUAGAUCGCAUAUUAGCAAAUGAAGGUUGGUUGGAUCUUUUCGGAAGUGUUUAUGCCACGUCAGUUGAGGGCCCUUCAAGUGAUCAUAUGAUGUUAUUUAUGCGGGCUGCUACAAUGGGAUUCAAGGGGUGGUAGGAGAUAUUUUAAGUUUGAAAACAUUUGGCUCAAGGAGGAAGAGUGUCGGUUGGUAGUUCAAAAAGCAUGGUAGAAUCAAGUUAGUUCUAUGGGGCAGAAAUUAAUAGAGUGUUGCCAGGAUCUUGAAGUUUGGAGCAAAAAGACAAGAUUGGGUUUCCAAGCAAGAAUUGAUUUUCUAAAAAAGCGGUCGGCUUAUCUUCGAUCUGGGGGAGGACAAUGGAAUGCUGGAGAGUUUCACAAAGUCAAAGCGAGUUUGAUCAGUCUCCUUCACAGGCAAAACCUUUUUUGGAAACAAAGGGCUCAAAAUAUUUUCACCAGGCUGUUAAGCAACGAAGACGCAGGAACAAAUUAAAAGGAAUUCUUUCAGAAAAUGGAACGUGGAUAACGGAUAUGAAACAAAUGGGGCAUGUUAUUGUUAGUUCUUUUGGGGAACUGUUUACAUCCAACAGGGGCAGAUUAGAGCCAGGUUCGUUGCAAGGUUUGGCGCAAGUAUCUGGGCAGCAGAAUUUUGAUCUUUUGCGGCCUAUCACUGACAAGGAGGUUAAGAAGGCGGUGUUUGCAAUGCAUCCGGAUAAGGCUCCGGGGCCGGACGACCUAAGUAGCACGGAAACGAGAAACGAGAAAGGUGAAACGGAAAAUGGGAAACGCGAGAAACGUAAUUUCUUAAAAAUAUAGGACACGAAACGUAAUUAUAAAAUAUAAGGAUAUAUUUAUAAAUAUUUUUUAAUAUAUGUACACAAGUUUUUCCAUAUGCACAUGUUUUUUUUAAUAUAAUUUGUUUAGUAACCAAAUAAUAAAAUCACUCUACAUGUUCGAAUUUA